AUGGUACCAAUGAAUCAGGACCAGUGUGGUUUUCUGGACCGGGAGUGGGGUCUCUCUCUGUACCUGGAGUGGGGUCUCUCUCUGGACCGGGAGUGGGGUCACUCUCUGGACCUGGAGUGGGGUCACUCUCUGGACCGGGAGUGGGGUCUCUCUCUGGACCUGGAGUGGGGUCACUCUCUGGACCGGGAGUGGGGUCUCUCUCUGGACCUGGAGUGGGGUCACUCUCUGGACCGGGAGUGGGGUCUCUCUCUGGACCUGGAGUGGGGUCACUCUCUGGACCAGGAGUGGGGUCUCUCUCUGGACCGGGAGUAG